AUGGAUUUUAAUGAAAGACGAUUUGAUAAAAGAGUAAUGACUUCGAAGAAUAAGUGGAUCAAAGCGUUCAGGACUUUAAAGAUUGUGACCACUACUGGGGACAGAUCUGAGACAAAUGAGAGCUCGAGUUCAUCUUCGAGACUGAGUUUUCCUGUCGGACAACACGUCUUCCAAGAGAAUACCUAUAAGAAGAUCACGGCUUGUGAUGUCUGUCGUGAGAUAUUAAGAGGACAUUCACGACAAGGACUCAAAUGUAAAUUAUGUAAAAUGAAUGUCCAUUCGGGUCAGUGUCAGGAAAAUGCACCCAAAUGUCAGCCAAAACCCCGUUUACUUCGUAAACAAAAGUCUGCCUCAGAAUUGGAAGUAAAGCAAACCAUUGGUGACAUUGAAGACAAGGCUCUGGAAUCAAAUUUGGAUACAAUGGGUGACAGUUUGGGUGAUGUCUAUCCAACUCAACAUCGUUUGUCAACUGCUGAAGAAUUUUAUGAAUCUAAACAUAUGUCAAAUAUAGUCAGUCUAUCAAAUGAAGAAGUUUAUGAUACAAGACGUAUCUUUGGUGGUGACGACUCCUAUGAGAUCAGACGAUCAGAAAGAAUUGAAAGACCUGAUAGAUGUGAGAGAUCUUCGGCAGACAAUCGAUGGAAUAAUCGACCCAUAGUUGAAAUCUCAUCGGAAACCACUGAAAAUACCAAUCGACAGAUCGCACCCAUCAUUACGCACGAGAAAAGCUCUGCACCUCAUAGUAGGUCGCGAUCUAAUGCCUCGUCAUCAGGAUCUUCACCAUCAUAUCUAUUGGCAGUUAAAACACAACUUCACGCAUAUUCAGCCCCACAUAGUCCUCAACGUAAGAAACUGUCUCUACGUAUGAAAAGUUUAUCACUGGACAGUCCAGAGUCGACAGAGCAUGUCCUCAGUUGUCGCAAACAAGUGUCGCACCAAAUGCCUCAAUACAACAACACUUACAACAAUCAAUGUAUGCCAACGUUUGUCAUAUUUUAUCAUUUAUUUUAA